UCAGUCAUCCUCAUGUACGCGUAGACGCACCGCGGAGGAGGCGUUCGCCGCAGCUCGUUUACAUCCUCUGCCGUCGUCACGCAACCCCCGACGCGCAACGCUAACGAUCGCGCUUGUUACAUCGGCGCGCGCUGUGAUACAUAUACGGUGAAGCAGGAAAUCGACUCGACGGAGGAGGCCGCGUGGCCAGCAAAGCGGAAAUAAUGCGCGGAAGUCGUGGGACGAUCCUCGUCCUGUGCACGAUGAUGAAUUGCCUGAGACUGACCUCAUCCUCGCCCACUUCGACAAGUGUGCGACUUGGCGAUGAAUGCAACCGAAAUCGGGACUGCGAAGCUGGCAUCCCUAAUAGCGAAUGCCACUUAGGUUAUUGCCAGUGUCAGCCCUUCUUGGCCGGCUACAAUGGCACUCAAUGUCUCGAAUCAACUCUAUUGGGUUAUGAUUGCCUCGUGAAGGAACAAUGUUCUCUGAAAGUGGCGAACAGUGACUGCCUCGAGGGCGUAUGCAGAUGUGAAGAGGGACACUUGCAGUUUCACAGUCACACUUGUCUGGGACCGGCAAAACUCGGCGAGAUAUGUUACGAGCACGCUCACUGUCGUCUCUGGGACCCCGAGUCGCAUUGUGAUUUUCUCAUUCCGGAUUUAUUCGGUCGCUGCCAAUGUACCGCGCCGAUGCGCCGCGAAGGUGACGUAUGUCGACCCGAUAGUCUCGUGAGACCCGCGCUGCUUCCGGAACACCUGCCUCUUCCCCAGGAAUCGAUAAUAGAGGACAUCACCGAGAACGAGCAUGAUAAGGAAACUAGCACCGAAGCACAAAAAGGCGAGACUCAAGGAGAACAUGAUACAGGCGUUCAAAUAUCCUGGCUGAAAAACGCAUCGAUGCUUCUAUCAACGGAAGCUCCCAAUCAAUUGAUACCGGUAAACCUGGUGACUAGGCCAUCAUUCAAUAUGAGACCCGGAACCAACGAUCGUUUCGGACCGAAUGAGCUCCCCGAUGACGACGAUAGCAUCAUCAUCGAGGCAGAAGUCACCGAGUCCACUUAUGUCACAACGUCCUCGACGUCUGCACCAAUAAAGACGGAUCGUCACGAGAGCACGAUAAUGACGGCCGUCAGCCUGGGAUUGUCGUGCAUCGCCGAUCUCGAGUGCCGUAUGGCCGAUCCGAUGUCGCGUUGCAUCGGCGGCGUGUGCGACUGCACUUUUCCGACGAACAGCAGUUGCAACGCCCGUCGAACCGGCUGCGCGCCGGGCACGUUCCAGUGCCGAUCGUCCGGCAGCUGCAUCAGCUGGUUCUUCGUCUGCGACGGCCACGAGGAUUGCGCCGACGGUUCCGACGAGGAAUGCACCGGCCACCGCUGUCCGGUGCAGGCGUUCAGAUGCAACGACAGCAACGUCUGUCUAUCGAGGGCCGUGCUGUGCGACGGCAAUCGCGAUUGUCCUCGCGGCGAGGACGAAAUCGGCUGCAACAAUCGGCGAAAAUGUCCCGAAGGUUCGUUUAGAUGCAACAAUGGUCAGUGCCUACCGGCGUACGAAUUCUGUAACGCGGUGGUGUCCUGUAGGGACGGCAGCGACGAGCCCAGAGGUGCCUGCAGGACGCGAGAUCGCUGGAUUAGCGCGAGAUUUUGCCCGUUCAGAUGUGACAAUGGUAGGUGUCGUUCCGACGCGAUAACCUGCAGCGGCCGGGACGGAUGCGGCGAUGGUUCCGACGAGAAACACUGCAGCGUCUGCAGAUGCAGCGGAAGGAUUUAAUCUCGACCGGUCGGCCGAUUUCUUCAUCAUUUCGCGUCGCAUCGUCGGAUAAGGAGAAGAAAAAGAGAGGGAGAGGAGAGCAAGUUACCACCUGGCUCGCGUCCAUGGUUUCGCGAAACAAGUUGUGCUCGAAUAGAAAGGCACAGAAAGUAAGUGUGACCAAAGAUCGUUAAGCCGUAUCGCGGUGCAAUUUAAGCUUUCGAUCGCUCCGCGGUUUCGAGACUGAAACACCGUUUUUACUCGGGCCGGCUACUCACCGACACGAACAAGGAGAGAGACAGAGAAGGAACCUAUCGUCGCAUCUUCUGCGAUCUCGCUCGUUAAAUCGAACCGGUCCAGUGACUGAUGCCGAGUCGCGAGUAGCGAGUCGCGUACUCGGGAGAAAUGAUUGCGCUCGUGUAAUAAUGGAACUUAAUCGCGUAUAAUGAUACCAUAAGAGACGGGGAUAAUUUGCGCCGAGGGAUAGUCCUGGUUGCCCCGUGAUGAGCACAGCAUUCAGGACUGAUCUUCUCAGUGUUUGAAUUCGAGGCAAAGUACUGUGUCCGAGGUCUCUAUUUUAACGGAUAAAAUUAAUUGUCAUAAUCAAAGAUUUAGAUAAAAGAUGUUAAUUUAUAUUAUUGAAUUAUUAUAUUAUUCACGUUGUUGUUGGACACGUGUGCUGGUUUGCACAGAGUGUGAUGUAAGACAAGCGUGAAAUGUACGAUUGCUGGGUAUAUUUCUAAUAAAAGAGAAUGGAAAUAUCAAUAUUAGUUUUGAAUCUACGCUCAUGCACCAUGUUUGUAGCACGGAAGACGCAACAUCACAAGUAAAAUUUUAUUAAAGAGUACCAUAUAUGUAUCGACACUGUAUAUUAGUAUUAAUUCAGUUCUCAACUUCUCUGUAAAACUUAUCGCAUAUAUUCAAAUUUAAUAUUAUCGACAAAAUGGACGAGAGUGAUAAUGUCUUCCGUUGAAUUUCAAUGACGCACCUAUUUAUUAACCCCUAACCUCCUACGAUUAAGUUCGACGGCGUGUGUCACUCAACAGCAAGGUCGAGCCAUUUAACGGUUCGGCCGAGCGCUCAAAGUUGUAUCAAUCGCACACAUUUCUUCUAAUAUUUUUAAGAAAAUAUAUUUGAACGUGCGAAUGUGGCAAGAAUAACACAUAACUGAGACAGAAAGACAUUGGCGACAAUUAAUCAUGAGUCUGAUCCGUAGUUCUUAUGUUUGGUCCGAUUUCUUUACCACGACUCUCUACACGAUAUUGUAGGCGAAGGGGUUAAAGUAGCUAUCAAAAGUCGUUUGGAGACAAGAGUAGAUAUCUUAUAAACAUUAAAAGUGUACAGAUAUUAUAAAAUUAACGAGAUGUAAUAAAAUAUGUAACAAAAUAUGAACAAAUAUUUUUGUACAAUUUUGUAUGACUAUCAAUUAGUUUUUUAUCUGACGUUUUGUGUCCGAUAUAUAUCUAA